AUGUCCCGGCCACUCGAUGGGAAGCUCGGUAUCGUGACCGGCGCGUCUCGAGGCAUCGGCGCCGCCAUCGCCGAGAACCUCGCGUCCAAAGGCUGCAACCUCGUGAUCAACUACACUUCGGCCUCCUCGACGGAGCUCGCCAGCUCCUUCGCCUCGCAGCUCUCCUCAAAAUACAACAUCCGCGCGGUGCCAGUCCAAGCUGACGUCGGCACGGCCACCGGCCCGGCAGCCUUGAUCAGCGCUGCCCGCGAACACUUCACCGACAGCAGCACCGACCACUUCCAGAUCGACAUCAUCAUCAACAACGCAGGCAUCGCGCGUAACGCGCUGCUGCCCUCGGUCACAGUCGACGACUUCGAGGCGACCUACCGCGUCAACGUACUAGGCCCGCUGCUCGUCGUACAGGCGGCCCAGCCCUACCUGCCGCGGGACCGCUCCGGCCGCAUCGUCAACAUCUCGUCCGUCUCCUCGUCGACCGGCUUCGUCACGCAGUCCGUCUACGGCGGCACCAAGGCCGCGCUCGAGGCCAUGACCCGCACCUGGGCGCGCGAGCUGGCCGAGAAUGCCACCGUCAACGCGGUCAACCCGGGUCCCGUGGAGGGGCCCAUGUAUGCGUCGAACACGCCCGAGUUCCUCGAGGGCAUCCACGGGUGGGUGCUGCACACGCCGCUGAUGAAGGCGAGGGAAGGGGUCGACAGUGAGGAGGUGGUGAAGGAGGCCAAGGAGAGUGGCGGCCGGCCGGCGCGGACGACCGAGGUUGCGGGCAUCGUGGGCAUGCUGUGCGGUGAGGAGGCUGGGUGGUGUACCGGGCAGGUGGUGUGUGCCAACGGCGGGAUGGUAAUGCUGCAUUAG